UCCGCCAUCUUGGUUGGAGAGAGACGUAGUCGACGAAACAUAAAAACUGAUUUUGCAGAUUAUAUAGAAACGUUUCAAAAUGACAGUCAACUUAGAAGAAUACUUUAGAACCACAUUCGAGGAUAAGAUCCUCGUAAAAAUGCCAGAACGCGAGGACGACCACCUCACUCCGGCUACAAGACUUCUGGAAAAGAGAAGAGAAAUGUCCGAAGUUGAGCAAGCACUUGCAGCUCAGAAAGAGGAAUUUCAAAUGAAAAUGGAGAGCCUUCAACAAAGAAGAGAGGAGCUUGACAGAAAGGAAUAUCAGCUAAAAGAAUCAUUGCUGAAGUUUGACAAGUUUUUAAAGGAAAAUGAUUCUAAGAGGGCAAGAGCACUUAAGAAAGCUGCUGAAGAAAGAGAUAUGAGAAGGGCAAAGGACAGGGAAAUUGCAAGGUUAAAAGAGGAAACAGCUACUUUAAUGAAAGAGAGGGAUCACAUACAAUACAAGUUGGAGAGAAAUGUCAUUUAUCAGCAAUAUCUGGAAAAGGUUUUGGAAUCAGCAGAGGAGUUUCAGGAGAUUCGGGAAGUUAUUGCUCGGUACGAUACGUUAACAGCAACACAUCAGGACCUUUUGGAAAGAGAAACAAAAAAUCAGGAAAAGUAUGAAAAAGAAAAAGGAAGACUGGUAAAAUUUACAGAGGAAAAGAACAAUGAGAUAUUAAACUACAACAAUCAGCUUGCACAUUUACAGACGCAACUUGAGAGAGCCCAGAGUGUUGCAGUGAAAUGGGAAUCUCAGUGGACACAUAUACAAAAUACAGCAGCCAAGAAAACUCUUCUUUUAGGAAGAAUAAAAAUGGCAACCCACAACUUGUUCAUGUUAGUGAACAGACACCUUAAACAAAACACAGUCAUAGAACAUACUGAAAAACAGCUAGAAAAGAUCCAAGUAUUUAUUCAAGACUUGACUCAAAUCACCAAUGAAAUCAAACGGGCAGAGACAGCUGCUACCAAUGCCACGUCCGCCAUGAGUUAAAUGAAGGAAAAAUUUGUUGAGAAGGAGUAUUGAAGAAGAUUUAGUUGAUGUAUCAAGGACUGAUUAAUGUCUUUUUUUCAAUCUGUAUAUAACUGUGUAUAUUGGAAUAAAUUCGCUUCCCA